AAAACGUGAUAUUCUGCUGCAGAUACCAAUGUCGCAUCACAGAGAAGACGAAGAACAAGUGAUAGAGAGUGAGAGAAAAAAAUAAUGAGUGUCCUUGGAAGCAAGAGCUGUAUUUUCACCCUCACGGGUUACUUCCAAGAUAAUGCUAAAUCUUCUCGGCUCAAUUCGAGUACUAAACCAUCGAUUGAUCCAAGAAGAUUCCCCAGAGUUUCCUGCAAAAUCUCAGGGAAUGGAGCUGAAGACAAUCCGGGAACAAAUGGGGUUUCUCUAAGCUCCAAAAACAAGAUGGAAGAUUACAAUACAGCUAUGAAGAGGUUGAUGAGGAGCCCAUAUGAGUAUCAUCAUGAUCUCGGCAUGAACUAUACAUUGAUAAGAGAUGAACUGAUCGUUGGGUCACAGCCACAGAAGCCUGAGGACAUAGACCACUUGAAACAAGAAGAGAAUGUUGCGUACAUACUUAACUUGCAACAAGACAAGGACAUUGAGUAUUGGGGAAUCGAUAUAAACUCCAUUGUCAAAAGAUGUAAAGAGCUUGGAAUCCGUCACAUGAGAAGACCCGCUAAAGACUUUGAUCCACUUUCGUUAAGAAGUCAGCUUCCGAAAGCUGUGUCUUCUUUGGAAUGGGCUGUGUCCGAAGGUAAGGGGAGAGUUUAUGUUCAUUGCACAGCUGGAUUGGGAAGAGCUCCUGCGGUUUCUAUUGCUUAUAUGUAUUGGUUCUGUGACAUGAACCUGAACAAGGCUUAUGAUUCAUUGGUGUCAAAGCGUCCAUGUGGGCCUAACAAAGGAGCUAUACGUGGGGCUACAUAUGAUCUGGCGAAGAACGAUCCGUGGAAAGAGCCCUUUGAGAAUCUCCCUGAGAAUGCAUUUGAGGAUAUUGCAGACUGGGAAAGGAAAUUGAUUCAAAACCGUGUUCGGGCCGUGCGUGGAACCUGAAGAUCUGUAGAGUUUAUUAUGUAUGGUUUUGAAUUAAAAUAAUCUGGACUUUUUUUUUAUAUUCUAAAGCUACUUAUGAUACAAUACAAAACCUCUAUUAAGAGUUAAUACUUAAUACAUAUUGUUGUCAAG